AUGUGUGAGAUCGACGUUUUGCCUGGCUUGCCGGAGAAUUGCCGCUGCAGCGAGGUGGAGGAGCUGUUCGGCAGAUUUGGCAAGGUGGACUAUCUCUUCAUCCCACCUCCGUUGCUUCGCCGGUCAGAGCCCAGCUUCAUCAAGUUUUGGAGCCCUGAUGGGGCCCAGGCGGCCUUCAAAGCAUCGAAGGACAAUCAGGUGAUUCUGCAUGGCCAUCGGCUCCAGCUGGAGUUUCACAAGGCACCGGUAUUUGUAUCAGCCCGGGCCUUGACGGAUGGCAGCGGGGGCAGCACCAGCAGCCGGCCACCGGAUCCCCCGCCACUGCCGGCUUCUGCCUCGGAGCAGAUCUUCCGCCUCGAGCGUGACGUGUCGACGACUUUGUCCGGUGCGGUCCUCAGCAGUGGGUGGAUACAAGCGAGCAGCCCAAGGUACAGCUGGACGAUACUCUGGCUCGAAGACGACGAGGAGUGCGAUGAGGAGAACAUCGUUGAGGUGUGGUCCUCGUACCUUGUUGCACUGCUGGAGCCCGAGGGUGCGUGCAAGGAGCUUUGCCUCUCGGUCUUGAAGCACCUGAAGGCCUGUGAGGCUGUUUGCAGCGCUGCAAACUCGCCUCAGCUUUCGCGAGCAGGCUCCCUGAACCCGGCUCCGGGUGCCACGGUGGAGAUCUCGAUCACAGAAGUGGAGACCAGCCCAACAGAGGAGCCCGAGGAGGUGGAGGGGCUCGGCGAGUGGCUGGAGAAGCUCAGCUUGUCCCAGUAUGCCGUGGCAGCGCGGGAGUGGUGCUCCGGCAUGGGGGCAGCGACUGUGGAAGAGAUCGAGGAAAACUGGGAGGAGUUCAGCGAUGCGAUGAACCUCAAGUUCCUCGAGCGGCGCCGCCUGAAGCUGUGCGCUGCUUCGGUGAGCGAAGCAGCGACGCCUCAAGCGCGAGACCACGCGGACGCAGAGGAGGAGGCAGAGGAGUCUCACAGCCACUGGGUACCGGGCAAUUUGACGGCUUCACCGGAGGCGGAGCGCUCCUUCGUCAUGUCUUCAUCAAGCAGCAAACGCGGAGAGCUGCAUAGCUUUGGUGACCCAGACAAUCCCUAUACCAUCCUGAAAGAGCUUGGUCAUGGGAUGACGGCCACUGUCUACAAGUGCCGGAGGGACGACCAGAUUUUCGCCGUCAAAGCGAUCGGCCUGUCCAGGUUGCAGAUGCAGCGCGACAAAGAAAAGGCCUUGGAACGUUUGCGCAGAGAGUCUGCCAUCCUCUUCUCCAUGCGCCACCCGCACGUGGUAUCUCUGUACGACGUGCACGAAACCUUCGAAAGGCGCUUCUUGGUCAUGGAGUUCGUGGAUGGUGGUGAACUCAUCGACGAGAUCGACAAGAACGGCCCUUUACCAGAGCAUGAGGCAAGAUACGUUUUUCUGCAAAUAGUUCUUGGUCUCAGAUACAUCCACUCCAAGGGUGUGGUGCAUCGAGAUCUCAAGCUGGAGAAUGUCUUGGUGGACAAAGCUUCGUCCCAGCCUGGCUUGCUCCAGGUGAAGAUCUCGGACUUCGGACACUCCAAGCACGUGAAUGACGGCUACAGCAGGCCCUGGUCCCAGGUGGGGACUCCGAACUACUGGGCUCCUGAGGUCGCCAAUGCCUCUGCUGGCGGCUACGACGAAAGGAUUGAUGUCUGGAGCCUGGGCGUCAUCCUGUUCGUUCUGGUGGAGGGAGUGCUUCCCUUCCCCAGCCGUAGCCGCUGCGAUAUCCCGAAGCUCAUCUUCCAGGAUGAUUGCAAGCUGAGCAACCUGGCCAGACAUCUCACGUGGAGUCUCCUGCAGGUCAAGCCGGAGGACCGGCUAUCGCUCGACGAUUGCCUCAUACAUCCAUGGGCAAUGAACUCUUCUGGGCUUGUCGAGCAAGUAGUUCAGCUCUGUGAGGCACACUCCCGACGCCAGCGCGGUGAGCGGGAGAGACGAGCUGUUCUACCACAUGAUCCGAAGAAUGUUCGCAAGCUCCGCAAGAAGUUGCAGGAACUCACCUUGAGCUCCAAGUACCCUGUGUCCUUGCGUGCACGCAAGGAGGUAGCCCUGUGCUUCAGGGAAGCCGACGACCCCGACAGUGUCGAUGCAGCUUGGCAGGACUUGCAGGCUGUGCUGAAGCCCGAGUUCCGAGGCAGCCUCGAAAGCUAUGAGGUGGCCUUGGAUGCAACCGCACUGCUGUGCGAAAAGCGCGGCAGCCGGCAAAGCCUGGGCUUUUCGGAGGAGAUGGUCCGGCAACAAGACUCGGAGUUGGAAGAGCUGGUUGCUGCCUUCCCGGACAACGUCGAGGCCGCCACCGGAAGCUUUGCCCCGGCUCCGCGCUCUCUUGAGGUCUCUCUGAAGGACAGGCAACACAACGUCUGGCUUCGGCUAGAGUUGCCGCGCACGUAUCCUUCAGGAAAUCGACCACCUGAGCCGACGCAAAUCAUGGUGCACGAAACUCUGGACUCACCGUGGUCCCUAGAAGUCCAGGAGCGGCUGCGCAGCCAUAUCCAGAACUUCCUCCGUGAUCAUGGCACAGCUUCAGGAAAGUGCCUUCAGAUGCUGGUCUGCUGGCUGCAGGAUCACCUCCUGGGCUGUCUCAGCGAGCUGGUGGCACCCGUAGAGCUGUCGCCCGCGGAAGUCGUGCAACCUGACAAGGACCCUGCCAAUGAUGCAUCCGACAGUUCAGUCCCCCCCACGCCGAGCACAACCUCGAGAGGGGAAGAGUUUGCACGGGUUUCGAUCAUUGCACACCACCACGACGAGAAAAUGGAUGCAACAGGCCUGGCAGCUGACAGGCUUCGGCCAGCCCUGCGAGGAAAGGCUUUCUUCACUCACCUCAAGACGAAGUUCACCCAGGUCACUGGGUUCUUGAGCUUUGGAAAGCCAGCCUUGCUGCUGGCCGAGGGCCCGGAAUCCGACUUACAGAGACUCAUUCAAGAGGUAAGGAAGUUUCCGAAGUGGUGGGAUGUGGUUGUCAGCAUGUUUGACCGGCAAAAAGCUGUGGAAACAACCACUUGGCGAGCCUUCGCGGAUUUCAAAAAGAUCAAAACGGAGGAGAUCGACGCCGUGCUGAAAGGUCUUCAAACAGAGCACUGCAAGCUCUACGAGGAUGCUCUCGUUGGCACGAUCGUGGACCAGAAGAAGCGAGAAAAGGCUCGCAAAGCCUCCAAGAAGAGGUUGGAGCGCUUGGAAGCCCAGCUGGGAGCCCUGGAGAGAGGCCGUGGAGUUGCGGCGCAGGAUGCCCUGGGCCGCGAGGUGCAGUCGCUCGAGAGGCUGGUGUUGGCCAUGCAGGAAGGGGAGCUUCAGGCCAAGGCACGCGCCGUUCGCAGCCGCCUCGACAAUCUCUGCGCCGGGAAUGUCGUCGCGGAGGUGACGGGCCAAGCCGACGAAAGAUGGAGACAAGGUGCAGGUGCCGAAGAGGCUGGAGUGCCCCGCCCGGAGGAGCAGACGGAAUCAGUGAGGCAUGUGGCCUCCUUCCUGCAGAAGCCUGAGGACGACGUCCGCCUACUUGCAGCCCAGGGUACGCUGUCCGAAGAGCUUUCCAAAUAUCCAGCUCUGGGAUGUGCCAACUCUGGUGCGGCAGUCUUCUUGGAUGUGCGACCCUGGAGUGAAGAGGACGACCAAGCAGAGAACGAGCGCCGGCAUCUGGCUGUCCUGGAAAUCAGCCAAGCUGCCACGAACCUUCAGGAAAUCACUGCACUGAUGGGCAAGCAGAUUGCUCAGGACCAGGAGGCCUUGAAUGCGGUGGAGGUGAAGGUGGCGCACACUCGAGAAGUUACCGAGAAAGCGGUCGUGAUUCUGGCAGAGGCGGCUGGCCACAAGCAGUCGCAGUGGGUGCUGCCAUCUCUCACUCUGACCCUCGCGGGCGGUGUGGUAACAUUGACGUGCCCUGCCACUGCAGCCGCUGCAGCUGCCAGAGGUGUCCUGCUGUUCGGCAGUUCGAUGGUCUCCUACCGCACGAUGGUCAGCAUACAGAACCGGGUCAUCGACCGUCUUAAGGACCAGCUGCCCCGUGUCUUCAAGCCACUUCCAGAUGAGGAGGCUGCGAUGAUUCGCGCGGGCAGUCAAGAGGCAUGUGCCAGGCUGCAGAGAAAGCUGGACGAGCUUGGAAGGUGGACGGAGGAGUCUACGUUCCAGCGGUUGCGCAAGUUCGACCUCUUUGCCCUUCGACGGGAGGUGCUACAGCGCUUCACCAUCCGCUCAGCGGAGUCUGAUCUGCGCAAGGGCGGGCAUGCCUAUGCUGUCUCCUUCACUGCGGCCGUGCCGCCCAUCCAAGCUUUUCGGUUGCUACAGUGCAACAUGGCGGCCGGAUCGAUAGAUCCUGCCUGCAAGGUCAUGUGGUCGAGGCCCCUGCAGGCCGAAGAUGGAUCGGUGCACUCCAUCCGAUACUUGGCCUUCACCGAGUGGUUCGUGGGCCGUGACUUCUUUUGCACGUGCUUCUGUGGCAAAGUUCAGAGGGACGACAACAAAGAAUGCUAUGUUAUGGCGAUGACGUCCCUGAGCGAAGACCUUCUGAAGGCCGAGGGGCUCCCGAAGCCAAUCGCAGGCCAUGGCCACGGACGAAUCUACGUGAGCGGCGUUCGCUUCACUGCCGUACCAGACGGCUCGAAGGUUGAGGUGAUGGUCGACACUGAUCCUGAUGCACCGCUUGGGUAUUCCAAGGCCCGAAGGACCUGGCAGAUCCUGCCAGCUUGCCAGUUCGGGGUUGGGCUCCAAGCAGAUGAAAUCCAAGGAGCCACGCUUGCGAUGUCGCUUGGGUGCUGCAGCGUCAGCUUCACACUGCAGGUGGACAGAUGGCCUAAGGUGACAGCCACGGCCUUGAAUCAGCCGUGCCAGCCCAAGCUCAGUUCAGAGCUUGCGAGAGCGGUGGGUGCAGUUCCUCUUGACCUCUACCAUUGUACAGAUGAGGAUGCCAUGAAGCAGGCUUUGCGCCUGUGUGGCGGAGCUAGGCAGAACCGUCCUAGAAGGGGCCGGACUGGCAAAGGCGGUUUUGGGAGAGGAUCGGAGCGGGCCCAGCUUGUGAAGAACACGGGUGAGCACGACAAGCGUCUACAUCAGUUCAUUCAGGUCAACAAGCUGGACGACGACUGCGCGAAGAUUCUACAACGGCACUCCAAGGAGGUGCAGGCGGCGGUCAUUGAUGCUUACGUCCCCGACCUUACCAUAAGGGCCAAUCGAGAUGACGGCAGGACCUUGAACACAAGUGCGAUCGUGACCUCGAGAGUGCGGAAAGAGCGAGAGAAGAUUUUGGAACAGUUAAAUCACGGCAUACGCCUCAAGGAGUCCAUGCAGGCAGGCUCACGCAGCCCCGGGGCAUCACCGAGGCGGCGAAGGAGCUCUUCCGAAGACGACCGCUCCAGAAGCAGGUCAAGUCCGCGCCGCAGUCGGUCCGAGGACAGUUCCUCGGGGAGGUCGGCGAGACAGCAGGAUGAUAAUGCAGGGGCAGCGCCGGAGGGCGUGGAUAUCGUAGGUGCUGAAGCACAGGGAAACGACGACAGAGGCAGAAGGGCGGCACCGCACCGGUCGGUGUCGCUGUCGCGUUCGCGCUCGGACUCACGAUCCAUGGAGCCGAAGAACGAUGCGCAGUCCCAGUCCCAGCCGCAGCGGCGCGUGGUCGUCAACCAGGCCGAAGAGAACAAAGAGGACGACAGCUCGCCGCUUUUGGAGAUCUGCAACCUACCGGACCUCAUCUCCCGAGGCAAGAAUCCCCUUCAGUACCUGCCGGAGCUCUUCAAUCCGACUCUCAAGACGCUGCCGGAUUUCAAUAAAGAGAUGGGAGGCGAGUCAGUCCUCAAAGCUUGGAACAAGCCCGGCAAGGUAGGAGCCAUUCUGCUACAGUUGCAGAACAAGGCACUGGCAGCCAGCGCCUGCCGGACGCUGAACGGCUUGCAAUUCCUCGGCUUCGAGCUCAAGGUGCAAGGCAUCCCGAAGCUGGAGGCGGAUGGUCUUCUGCAGAGCGCUCCCUGA